GGCCCUCAUCACCACAACAACAACCACCACCACCACAACCACCACCGCUAGAGACCCCAUCUUGUACAUACAAUAGAUUAUCGCCCCCGCUCGUCAUCUAUCGUCUGUCGCUUCCUUCGUUGGUUCUCUGUCCUGAUCGCCCCAUCCACAAGUACCGGUACCCACACGAGCCUCGUUCAUCAGCCGCCUUACUGUCUCUGGCUCCCCUACGCACUCCCGCUAGGGUCCGGCUGUCCAUCUAUCCAUCUCCAUCAUGUUUUCAGAAUGUAGUACCUUGUCCAUCCCUUGUCUUGACGAACCUGCCUUCGCUUUAUCACGGCCGAGCACUGGGAUCAUGCCUUCAUCCUCGCUUUCUUGAGGCUCUUUCGCCCUUUUCGUCGUUUCGCUGCUAAUCCUUCAGUCUGAACAGAUGCCUCCCGCUUUCUGGCCCAAUCACAGACUCGUGUUAGUGCCAUACGCGAGGGGAGACUGAAUGGACCCCCAAACCCGGCUCCAUUGUUUCACUCGGCCGCGGAUUACCUGCCCGACGACCCGGAGCACGAACAGGAGGUUCAGGAUUUCUAUGCUCUAAAGAGCAGUCGACGGCAUUUUGGGGGUUACACUCUGCCGACGAAUGCCACCGUUGGGGAGGAGGAUGAGGAUGAGGGGGAAUAUUCCGAGGAUAGCACACAGGAGCUACGGCGUAGCAGGAGAAAGGGAAAGGACAGGCUCCUGGGAGCGGGGUCUGGGGGUAUUCGCAGUUCAUGGAGGGCCUCAAGGUCUGCUGGUUCUUCGCUGCUUGGGUCGACAUCGCAAACGGGUUCGGCACUGAGCGGUGGGACGGGAAAGGGUGACGGGAGGGGGAAGGAUAGGAUGGUUGAUAUCGGGUUGGAUGACAGCGUACGGUUAGGGAUGAUGUCUGAGAGUAUCGAUCCUGAGGAUAUGGUGCAAUCGUUUUCCGAAGACUACAGGACGGUUGAGAGCCACCGCCUGUUGGGCGACGACGAUGAUGAUCAGGGCCCGCCGGACGAUAUUGCCAUUGAAAUGCCUCCGGACGAUGACCCUCCGGCCUUCCAGCAGUUUCGGACGACUCCACCGCAGGCCCCGAAUAAUUUACCCUUUGCAGCGCCGACUAAGGCGGAUAGUUUCAUGCCAAGGCUAUCGUCACCCCAUCAGCGGGCGCCUCAUACGAGCACAGUACGGGAACCCGUUCUUCCCCAUUUCCCUUUGUCUGCAAGGUAGUGUUGAUCGGCUUGAGCUGAUCGCGAUAAAUAUGAUAGAUUCCACAGCAAGUUGCCCAUCCGCCAUUAGAACCACCCUCACACGACCACUUAUGGGGUACUCUUUACAUGGUGCUGAUGGCCUGUAUGUUUACCACAUCGUUUGUUGUAUGGCUUCAUACGGAGGAAACGAAGCUACCCCUUGACACGGUUUACCGGACAUUGCAUUCGGCCGUGCAUCUUCUCACCGUGGAUACAUUUCUUGCUAUCGCUGUGUCGUUGGUAUGGAUGUAUCUUCUUCGGUCAUUUGUAAAACCGCUGAUAUAUCUGAUAUUGGUAUCGGUGCCUGUGGUCCUGGCGGCAUUGAGUUUAUACCCGCUCAUCAUGUCGUACAAGGGGAAAAUGGGUGGUAACGGGCCGCAAGAUAAGGCGAUGCGAUGGGGGAGCAUCUUCCCCGCACUUAUGGCUGGAUUCUGGGUCUACUUUGCUUAUAAGGGGAGGAAUGCACUGGGGAGGGCUAUUGGGAUCAUCCAACUGGCAUGCAAGAUUCUCGGGGAAAACCCGGCGUUGGUCUUGUUGAGCUUCGGAACCCUUGUAGGCGUUUGUGUUUUUACUUGGAUCUGGGUCGGAAUGUUCACUAGGGUUUUCUGGAUUGGAAAUACACUCAUGAAUGGUAUGUCUGAGGGGGAUUGCUGUGAAAUGUUGUUUAUUUGCUGAUUGUUUGUAGGAAAACCCAUGUGGACCUUGGAUGCCAAGAGCACUGCCUUGGGGGUUUACUACAUCUUGAUGUACUUGUGGACUCUGGGAGUGACUUCCGGGAUUCAGAGGUGAGUCUGCCACUCGACUAGGGGCCAAUCGGAAUUCUAACCCGUAUUCAGGGCGACAUCAGCCGCAACCGUCUCCCAGUGGUACUUCCACAGACACGCAAUCCCAACAACUUCCUCGAAGGCCAUAAUGUCGGCAGCCCUCCAUCACUCGACUACAACCCUCUUUGGAACGAUCUGCUUCUCGACCCUAGUCGCCCUACUAGUCCGUCUACCCUUGAUGGUUGCCCCCCGCCGUAUUGCGAGCAUCCUCCACAUGUUCUGCUUCAACUUCAUUGCCUCCCCCGUUGCCGCCCUAACAAACCCUUUAACCCUAACCUAUGGUGCCAUCCACUCCCGGCCACUAAUCCAAUCAUCGCGGGCCGUGGCAAACAUGCGCUUCGUGGACACAGCGGGCUACAGCGCUGGUGGAGAACACCCCCGCACGGCAUAUAAACUCAGCAAGAUGCUCCUGACCGCAACUCGCGGCGUGACGGCACUGAGUUUGGGAACCGGAGCGUGGGUCGCAGCGAGGGAUAGUAAUGGCGGGAGCGGAUAUGGGUAUAUUGUCGGGAUGAUUGCUGGCGCGAUUGGGUGGGGGGUGCUCGGUGCGACUGAGGGGUGUUUGAGUAAUAUUGUGGAUGCGUGCCUGGUAUGUGUUGGGUCGGAGGGACCGAAUGCGGGACAUUGUAGGGAGGCGCAGGCGGUUUUUGGGGGAUAGUGGUGUGCCUCUCGGAGGCGGAGACGAAGGCGGAGGUGGGGGGAAGAUGAUGCUGGUAUGGUGAUAGUACCAUUAUGAACUACGAAUUGCCAUGACCGACUUCUCCCUUUUCCUUUCCUCUCCUUCGGGUGUUGUUUUCUUUUCUUUCCUUUUCCACCUCUUCUCUUGGACUAUUUUUCGUACAGCAACUCGAAACGAACUAUUAUCACUAAUGCAAGUUCGGUGACAGAGUCCCCCCCCCAGACUUCUUCUUAACGAUCCUCGCGUUCUUGUAUUUAGCUCCCUUCCUCCCCUCCCCGUCUUCAUCCAUUUCCAUGAUUAUUUUUUCUUUCUUUUUUAAAUUUUGUCUUUUCGCCCAGUUACGUCCUGUCACUUAGAGGGUUCUUUUUUUCCUUCACCUUUUCUUUCGACGACGGAAUGGAAAUGGGACGAUGAACGAUCUUAAGUUGUUGCUACUCUUAUUCAUUGGUAGUAAUGCGAGUAAUGCGAGGACUUGUAUUGUGGGAAAUAAAUAGCUUGCGGGGUAACAGCCAUGCGAGUGGGUUGGUGUGCGGGGAAGCUAGCGAGUCGAACGUUGGAAUGGGUGGGCAGGGAAGGAGGUGUGGGGUAGAUUACCGGUACUUGUACGAUAUCUAUGAGUUUAGCGGGGUAUUUUUUAUUUUUUUUUGUGGUGUGGGUGGCUGAGGGAUAGAUAAGCUGAUGGGCCUAUCAUAAGUUUGUGGAAAAUGCAGACAUGGGCUCUCACUCGUGGGUUGCCAGGGUUGGAGGUGUAAUGUACAGUACACGGAUGGCGGAAAAGAAAGUUGAGUUGGUGAGAGCCGCGGGAAUUCUAAACGCUCUGGAGCCCCAAGAGCAAAGUUAGAGAGUGAAAUGAUUUUUUUUUCUUCUUCUGGAGAUUUCACCGGGGAAGCGAAUGUCAAGAGGGGGGAGUGUGCGAUCUAGGCUUAGAGUAGUUUGCGACGGAACAUCAUAGAAUGGUGAAAGUAUUUGGGUGAGCAGGCGAAUAAGUAUUCAGGGACCACCUAGAUGGACAGCAAGACGGUAAACCUGCUGAGAAAGAAAGACGAGACGUUUGUCCGCGAACGAUGGUAGUGGAGAUUUCCCUAGCCGUGGCCUGUCUUAACCCCAUAGACACAUGCCACACGGAAAGGAAGGAAGCAAGAAACAGUGGCUUGGAUACACCUCGUAUAUAUGAUCCUUCGUUUACCCAUGAUACCUUGUCCAUUCCUUUGCAUAUCAUACCACUCGUAUUAUGUCCUUGGGGGGGGGGAAAUAAACCUCCUGAAGGUCCCCCCAACGCUGUCCAUUCCGAAAACGGGGAGACAAAAGACGAAAUCGUCCUGGUGGAAUCGUAGUGCACAUUGCAGCCCUCGGGAUUACACUGUAUGGACUGUGCCAUUGUAUUAUUUCACUGCAGGUAGGUGUAUGAUAACAUGGGUAUGGUAGGAGGAGAUUAAUCUCUAGGCAGAACGUACUUUUUGGGGGGAGGUUAAGGUUUGGAAAAAAAUCUAAAAAAAAAAAAAUCUAAAGUUUGCUUGUUGGUUGGUUGGGGGUUUCUUCUCGGGAACAGCUCUUAUAUUAAUCAGUAGGGAAGUGGUCUAGCGUAAAUAUUGGUUAUCGGAAUAAACAACUGAUGGCGCAAUAAUACCAUUAUGGGAAUAUCGUAUCAUACGAGGCAUAUCACUUGCCUUUGCGGUCUACUUUCUAGUUUUUUUUUCCUAUCAGUCCCAUACCGCGCGAGUGAUUAUUGUACGUUAGACCGCCGUUAGUCUUUUUCUUCUUUCUUUUGCCACCAUGCUAUCGGAGGGUUAUCAGGCACAUCUUUGAUGCCUCUGCACAAUCGAUCAUCCCCCCACGAGCUGUUCCGUAUUGUAUAAAGACAAAGGGCAAAAGUCUUGAGACGGUGGACCCUGGUAUCAAAGAUGGACAUCCUCUCCUCUCUCCCAUUCUUUCCCAUGUUUUUUCCUGUUUCGUGCCCGUCGGGAACAUCACGAUAUUAUACGUCAUUCCUAAUCCUUCAUUCAUUCACAUGAACAUGAACCCACCCAGCGCAAGCUAUGAUCGAUAUCUUUUUUUCCCCCUUUCUUCUUUUUCUUACCCCCGAUUAUCAUACCCAGUUUCCUACCUGAUAUCGUGAUUGAUCUUGGAAACACGUCGAUAAUGGUUUACCAUUUUUGGAAUUGGUAGGGCGUGAUAACCGUGGUUCUAUAACAGAUAUUUUUUUUCUUUUAUGAAGUCGCCACAAGCUUUCGUUCUUCAUUAUAGUGGUAUGUAUGAUAAGGCGAAAAUAAAAUUCCUUUGAUCCGGGGGGGGGUUACAGU